GGAGGGAUUGUUGAAUCAGAAAACUGUAAUUGAGUUCUUCACUUUGGCAUCUUCCCAUCACCAUUGAUACCAUGCUAGCCUGCAUCUGAAGGACCUAACCCAAAUGUCCUUAGAUGCGACUUUUUUUCUCCUCCUGCCUCCUGCAAUUUGAUGAUUAUGUCUUCUACUUUUUUUCUGUGAUUGUUUGCUUCCGAUCUGUCAUUCUGUAGAUGUGAGUUCUAAGUUUCUUCUGCUUUAAUUGUUGUGAAUUUCCUGGGUUAGAGAGAUGGUCAGAGGGAGUUGCUUUUUCUUUUUCUGUUGUUCUUCAUUCUUAGCGAGCUACGAUCAUGUCGUUGUCGCAGCUUCGGCUUAUGUUCGAUCUCAAAUCCAUUAUAAACGAGCCUCUGGAGGGAUGCAGCGCCAGUUCAUUGUCUGAUGAUAACUUGUUCGUUUGCAGUGCGACCAUAUUCGGCCCUGACGAAACUCCUUGGGAAGGUGGUGUUUUUGGAUUGCGGCUGAUUUUUGGUGAUAAUUGUCCCGAGAAACCCCCUCGCGGUCGCUUCACUUCAGAAAUUUUCCAUCCCAAUGGUUGGUAUUAUUUCUCAUUUUGUUGUGACAUCUUUGGAUCUAUUGAUUUCGUGGGUAUUGGCAUUGCUUUCAUCUAUAAUUCCUCUCAAUUACAUUUGAUAUCUACCUGGGCAAUAAAACAUCUGGACCCAGAAACAUCAGAAUGUUAAGCCUGUCUUUUGAUGGUGGUUUAUAAAGGGUUAUUGGUAUUUGAACCAUCAUAAGCCCCCCCCCCCUUCCUCCUUUAUUAUUUCUCCCUGCUGAAUUUGCUCAGUGAUGGCCACCAUUUCUGUUGGAUUAAAGCUCCUUUCUUGUGUCUUGAACAAUUCAGGCCCAACAGACAAUUCACAGACUAAUUUGAUGAACCUCAAUUGUGAGAGCCAAGAUGGUGAGGAAACUCGCCAUAGAACUGUAUAGGCUAUGGUUUAAGCAGUCAUCUUUAGAGCAGAACAUUUUUAUCAUUUGAAAAGAGAAGGGUCACCAAAAGUAGAACAAUUAUUGAGUACAUAGUUGUCAAGGCGUCG